GACGUUUGGGGUUGAGACCCUUCAUCAGGAACUUCUGCUAGAAGCAGGCAGUGCAAGGUUGGAGCACCAUCAGGUUGGAAGCUGUGGAGAGAGAUCUCAUGCAAUGAGUUCUGUAGUGGUCCCAGAAGAUGGUGGCCUGGUGUUCAUUGGUGAGGUAAUGGCCCAGGGGGAGAUAUGAAGAGGUGUUAGAGAGCUGCCAUCUGGCCUCUGCAAGGUAGAGAUCAGUGCACCAGUCCACAACAGCACCGUCCUUUCCUUUGAUUUGAUGACAAGGCCGGGAUUGGUGUGAAGUGAGGAAGAAAUUUCAGAGAACUUAAAGUUAUGGAAGAGUUGGAGAGUGUGUGAGAUGUCACGGAUGUAGGUGGGAAGGGAUUGGACCAUGGGGGACAGGAUAGUGUCCAGGUAUGAGAAUACAGGCUCAGUUUGGCAAGAGCACACAGAGACAAUAGAUCUGCUGGGAAUUUUGUGGAGGGAGAUCUCCCUCCACUGCCUCCAACCUGACCUUGCACUGCCUGCUUCUAGCAAAAGUUCCUGAUGAAGGGUCUUGACCCGAAACGUCAACACAUCACUUUGCCUCCACAUAUGCUGCCUGACCCACUGAGUUCUUCAAACAGUUUAUUUUUUGCUCCAGAUUCCAGCAUCUGCAGUGUCUGAAGUGUGAAGUGAUGCAGGGUCUCGACCCAAAACAUUGACCAUCUUUGUGUCUACAGAUGCUGCUUAACCUGUAGUUUCUUUUUACUUCAUCCGGACUGCUCCUUCAAAGAGCAAUCAGUUAAUCCCGUCCACUGCUCCCUCCUCACAUUCACACAUUUCUUCUGCUCCAGGAUUUAUCUGACCGUCUUCUGAAGGCUGCCAUUGAAACUGUUUCUGCCGCUCGAUCAGGCUGUAUGUUCCAUAUCCCAACCACUUGUUCCAACCACAUGUUGCUUCUGGCUCAUUAACCAGUCACCAUAGGUCUGUUUCCUCUUAACUAAACUGUUCCUGACCCUUGGUCGGAACCUUCCACACACCUGCUGAGUGUUUCCAGUAUUUUCUGUUUUUAUUUCAGAUUUCCAACAUCUGCAGGUUUCUGAUAUUUAGUGGAAUUCUUCGUGACUUUGAACACCAGCAGAGCUGCUGCCUCACAGCUUCAGCAGCCCGGGUUCAAUCUUGACCCCCGGCGCUGUUUGUCUGGAGUUUGCACGUUCUCCCUAUGACCACGUGGGUUUCCUCCGAGUGCUCCGGUUUCCUCCCACAUCUCAAAGACCAACUUUUAUCAAUGCACCGUAGAAAGCAUCCUAUCUGGCAACUGCUCUGCCCGGGACCGCAAGAAACUGCAGAGAGCUGUGGACAUAGCUCAGCACAUCACGGAAACCAGCCUCCCCUCCCUGGACUCUGUCUAUACCUCUCGCUGCCUCAGUAAAGCAGCCAGCAUAAUCAAGAAGCAUGGAAAAAGGGUGAUCUGAAUGGCAGCUGUGGGCAGCGUUGUGCAGGUUGUGACGUCAGGCUGCCUCUGGAUGAUAUGUGUUGGAGCUGGUGCCAGAGAAGGGUCAACAUUGUCUCUCCCAGAACCAGCAGUACAAAGGUUGACCGAUGACGUUGCACGGCAUUGGAAGAAGACAUUCGCAUCUCCCAAAACUGCAGCCUCUGUGACACGAUGGAAGGAAUUUGGAUCAACAAAUAUCGGAAGCACCUGGUAAAAUCCAUCAGCGGGCCCUUUCUGGAGACAAUAAUCCGAUACAUGAAGAGGCAGGAUCUGAUGAGCUCUGAAGAAGUCAAUCAAAUUCAGGAACUGACAGCCCCAUCAGAUAAAGCGAAGGCAGUGAUCGAUGUCCUCGCUGGGAAAGGAAGUGCAGCCUCUGAGUCCUUGCAGACCUUCAUUGAGACCACUAACUCACAGCUCUACCUUUUAAUUACAGUCUACGAACCAAUGAUACAGAAGCACAUUGAAGUCCUACAGAAUAAGUUCGGGAGUGGGCAUGAAAUCAAUGCAGUGUGUGACAAGCCAUCCCUGGAACGACUCACCAAUCUCCUGCUAAUCGACGGGCUGACAGACAUCCAGCAGAAGGAACAUGAUGUCAUGCAAACUGAGGCCACCAGAGGUAUGAAGAACAGCUCGAGACACACCCCACUGGACAAGCUCUUCCUCCCCUUGUCGAAAGUUAGUAUCCCGCCACGGAUUUCAGUGACAGUUGGAGUGGCUGGAAUUGGUAAGAGCACUUUGGUAAAAAUCCUCGUGUACAAGUGGUUGAAGGGGGAGUUGUACAGAGAUGUCACUUUCAUAUUCCCCUUCAUGUUUCGAGAGCUGAACUCCUUUGAAAGAAUAUCUGCAGAAAAGCUGGUCAAGUUGACCUUUCCCCAUAUUGCUGAAACCAGCCACAUUCUGAAUGGGUCAGCAAAGGUGGUGCUGGUCUUCGAUGGUUUGGAUGAGUUCAAGUAUCCACUGGAGUUUUCAAACUCCCAGAUCUGCACUGACCCAAAGAAAGACAUCCAAAUCGACAAUUUAAUUACCAACAUUAUACGGGGCAACAUCUUCUCUCAGGCAACAGUCUGGAUCACCUCACGCCCAACUGCAGCGAGCCAGAUCCCGGCUGGUCUUGUGGACAGAAUGACCGAACUCAGGGGCUUCGAGGAAGUUGAGAUCAAAGCCUUCUUGGACACGCUCUUUGAAGAAAGAGCAGUAGCUACGCGAGUCUUUUCACACAUAAAGGCUCAUAAGUCACUGAACAUAAUGUGCUCCGUGCCCUCCUUUUGUCUAAUGAUUGGCCUAUCCCUCGCAUACUACCUCAGAACCAGUAAUGAUGGUCGCAAAGCUGGCAACUUCCCCCAGACCAUGACAGAAAUCUAUACCUAUUUCUUUAAAAUGAUUCUCAAUGGGGAUUGGCAGGAAAAGGAGCAGGAGGCACUGAAGAUUGACCAAACCUUCAGCAACAACAAGAAACUGAUUGCUAACCUGAGCAGGCUGGCAUUUUAUGGGUUAAUCAAACGCAAGUUUGUUUUCUAUGAGCAGGACAUGAAGGCCCAUGGUAUUGACCUCUCAUCACUACAGGGAAGCUUGUGCACUAAGAUCUUUGCCAAGGAUGAAUCUAAUAUCUGUACAGUUUACUAUUUUACACACAUUACCUUGCAGGAGUACCUGGCUGCCACCUACUAUUACACAGCCGCUAAAAGGGCCAUAUUCGACCUAUUCACUGAGAGUGCUAUGUCUUGGCCUAAGAUUGGCUUCCAAAAUCAUUUUAAGAAUGCAGUUAGUAAGUCGCUGCAGUCAGAGGAUGGUCACCUGGACGUUUUUGUGCGAUUCCUCUCUGGCCUUCUCUCACCAGAGGUGAACAGGUUGCUGCAGGGCCUGCUCCUGACAAAGGACGAGCACAACAGCUACAGGAUCCCUGUGGUGCACCACUUGCAGAGCUGCCUCAACACGGACUACGUCAUCUCCUCCAGGACGGUCAACCUCAUGCACUGCCUCCAUGAGCUGCAGCACACUGACAUCGCCAAAGGGGUGGCAGAUUCCCUGCGGACUGGCAGUCUGGCCGGGAGACUGACCCCCAUCAACUGCUCCGCCCUGGCCUACCUCCUGCAAGUGUCUGAGGAAUGUAUGGAAGAGACCAACCUCUCCAACUGCCUGAGCUACAACAUCUUCAAGAGCUUGCUCCCCCGCCUUCUGUACUGCCACAACCUCAGGUUGGAAAACAACCAGUUCAAAGACAACGUGAUGGAUCUACUGGGGAGCUUGUUGAGUGCGAAGGAUUGUCAGAUCAGAAAGAUCAGCUUGGCUGAAAACCUGAUCAGCAACAAGGGGGCGAAGGCAAUCGCUCGGUCGCUGAUGGUGAAUCGCACCCUGUCUGCUUUGGACCUCAGGACCAACUCGAUCGGCCCCAAGGGAGCAAAAGCAUUCGCCGAUGCCUUGAAAAUAAACCAGGGCCUCAUCUCUCUCAACCUUCAGAAUAAUUUUGUAGGUGAAGAUGGAGCAAAGUUCACAGCUGAGGCCCUUCACGUGAAUCGGAAGCUGACCAUUCUGAACCUUCAGAAGAAUUCCAUCAACCACGAAGGAGCAAAACGGAUCGCAAGCUCCUUGAAACAUAACGGGAGCCUGAAGGAGCUCAACCUGUCCAGUAACUGUAUUGGUGAUAUUGGAGCCAGUGCCAUAGCUGAAGCCUUGAAAGUAAAUAGAAGCCUCUCCACACUGAAUCUCCAGAGUAAUUCCAUCAGUAACAACGGUGCCACUGCCCUGACAGCAGCUCUCAAGCUCAACGAAGGCCUCAUCGACCUGAAUCUGCGAGAGAAUUCCAUCGGCUUGAAUGGCGCAAGGGAAAUUGCAAAUGCACUACGUGCAAACAAGGUGCUUAGGAGCUUGGAUUUAACAGCGAAUCUCUUACACGAUGAAGGGACGGAAGCCAUCGCCUCAGCUGUUCAGGAGAACCAGACCCUCACCUCUCUGCAUCUUCAGUGGAACUUCAUCAGCCCAGAAUCUGCCAAAGCUUUAGCUCGUGCGCUACAGUCCAACCACAGCAUCACCAGCCUCGAUCUUCAGGAAAACAGCAUUGGAGAUGAAGGGAUCAUCGCUCUGUCGGCUGCGCUGAAGUGUAACUCGGUGCUGACCUCCCUGUACCUCCAGGGGACAUCCGUGGGUGAAAGAGGUGCCAAGGCCUUGGCUGACGCCCUAGCGGUGAACAGGAGCCUGACCACACUGGAUCUCCGAGGAAAUGCAGUGGGCGUGGCUGGGGUGAAGGCGAUUGCCGCAGGUCUGAAAGUCAACAACAGCCUCCAGACUCUCAACCUUCAGGAGAACUCCUUGGGUCUGGAUGGGGCAAUGUGCAUUGCAAUCGCUUUGAAGUACAACCACAGCCUUGCCCACAUCAAUCUCCAGGGCAAUAAGAUCGGCGAAUCGGGAGCAAAGGUCAUUGCUGCUGAAAUCAGAAGCAAGUCCCCUCAUUGUGUCGUUGAGAUCUGAGCCGAGCUGGGACAGGGAGGAGCAGCUCACGGGUCCCGUCCAACACGGCACACUCCGCCUUCUGGUGUUUCAUCCCUUUCGACUGCCCCCGAGGCCUGGGGGAGACUGUGUGGACAGUGGUGACUGCUGACCCCUGAGGCCCCCGGGAGCCGGACUCUCUCAUUGCCCUAGUGUCCAGUCCUGUGCCCAAUGAUCACAGGUUGGGUUCUCGUCUCCUUCCAGUAACUUGGCCCCAGCAGUCGCACCCAGUUGCUGUAGGAGGAGGAUGUGGAAUCGCUUGUGGGAGUAGGUUCCGAGACCGGUGUGGACAUGCUCCAUUUGUAGAUAUGUUAUUAACAGUAUAAGUGCUUUAUUUAUCAUUCUUUUCAGAAAGCAACAAUUAAAGAUAAUAUUGCAGUGAUGAGUGACUGGGGACGCAGCGAUCC